AUUUCUGUAGAUUUGACAUUUGUUUUGAGGUGGCAGACGUCAACCUAGACUAAAUAUUUCCGAUUUACCUUUUACUUUAUUUGAGAACUAGCGAUAAUAAAUAACUUUUAGCAAUGAAAUUUAAACUCUUAUUAUUUCUUACCAUAAUCCUUACUUACUAUGAAGGAGAGGCUCAGACUCGAGGGAAAGGGCUGGAAGACAAAGUCCAACAGCUUACAGACAUGACAGCAAAGAAGUCAAUAGUACCCUUAAACCUUAACAAAUUUAAGGACUAUGUAAAAUCUCCACCCAGGGACUAUUCCUUUGUUGUAAUGUUUACAGCGAUGGCUCCAUCAAGACGCUGUGCCAUUUGCCAGCAUGUGUAUGAUGAGUACCUGAUUGUAGCCAACUCAUUCAGAUUCUCACCAGCUUAUAACAACAAGCUGUUUUUCGGUAUGGUUGAUUUUGAUGAGGGUUCCGAUAUCUUCCAAAUGCUGCGUCUAAACACAGCACCAGUUAUUAUGCACUUCCCAGCCAAAGGCAAGCCUAAGCCUGCUGAUUCUAUGGACUUUGAGAGAGCAGGAAUUCAUGCUGAGGCCAUUGCCAAAUGGAUUCAAGAUAGAACUGAUGUUCAGAUAAGAGUAUUCCGUCCGCCAAACUACUCGGGUGCAGUGGCAUUCUUUAUGCUGUUCAUCUUAGUCGCUGGUUUCCUGUACCUUCGGAGGAACAAUUUGGAGUUCCUCUACAACAAGCAGAUGUGGGCUGUUGCCGCCGUCUUCUUCUGUUUCGCCCUGGUCUCCGGGCAGAUGUGGAACCACAUCCGAGGGCCACCCUUCUUCCAUAGAACUAAGAAUGGACCGGUUUACAUUAAUGGAGGGUCUCACGGACAGUUUGUGCUGGAGAGCUACAUUGUGGCUAUUUUGAAUGGCGCUGUGGUAGUCGGUAUGAUCCUUAUGAUCGAGGCGGCUGGCGGCGUCAAGAACACUGAGGUGGUCCGCUCCCAGGCCGAGGGCAAGCGACGCAGGUUCCAGUCUAUAGUCGGACUGAUAUUAGUCUGUGUCUUCUUCUCCCUAUUGCUGUCCGUGUUCAGGGCUAAGACGCAGGGAUAUCCUUAUAGCUUCCUAUUCAAGUGAGAGGUAUCGAAUAGUAGUUAAUAAGAAGACCGACGUGUGUGUGAGGUUAUAGUGUACGUGCAAUUGUUUUACAUAAUAAAUGAGUGUCUGAUGUUCCUCAGUUGGUCAAUAAACGUGUUUUUAUUUAUUA